AUGGCAGCUCUGUCUGGAGCCGUGCACGAGAAUGAGGGUGCAUCUGAGCAAAGACGUAUCACCAACGCAACCAGCUGCCAUUUCAAUAACUGCAGCUCAUACAAUCCCUCCAUUUUUAAUUCUUCAGAAACCCAGCUGCAGGUGUAUAUUUUAAGCACCGCCUUCAUGUUUUUUAGGGUUUUUAUUAUUAGUAUUAUUAUUUUACGAUUAUUGGAUGUGCAGUUUGUUUCUUUCUGAGCUGUAUUGUCUCGGUAAUGAGAAUAAGCCAAGAUGGUCCGCAUAGCUAACGCGCUGGGUUUGGUAAUGUUAAGUGUCGCUUUGCUUAUUUUAUCCUUAAUCAGCUACGUGUCAAUCAAGAGAGAUAAUAUCUUCACUACCCAAAAGUAUGCACGACCAGGGGGUCCUCGAAUGUAUAUGUUUCAUGCUGGAUUUCGGUCACAGUUUGCAAUGAAGUUUCUGGACCCUUCUUUCAUACCACUCACAAAUGCUCUAAAUGACGAACUGCAAGACAAGACAUCUAAAUGGAAAUUUAAUAGAACUGCUUUUUUACAGCAAAGGAAAGAAAUUCUUCACUACAUUGAUGUGGCAAAAAACUUCACUUUGACCAAGGGCGGAAUUCGAGUUGGACAGCUGAUGCACUAUGACUAUUCCAGCCAUAAAUACGUGUUUUCCAUUAGCAAUAACUUUAAAUCACUGCUUCCUGAUGCAUCGCCGGUAAUGAACAAGCAUUACAAUGUCUGUGCUGUGGUAGGAAACAGUGGGAUCCUCACGGGAAGCAAGUGCGGAUCUGAAAUAGAUAAAGCCGAUUUUGUUUUCCGUUGCAACUUUGCCCCAACUGAGGUUUUCCAAAAAGACGUUGGAAGGAAGACAAACCUCACAACCUUUAACCCUAGUAUCCUUGAAAAGUACUAUAACAACCUUCUUACCAUCCAAGACCGCAAUAACUUUUUCCUUAGCCUGAAAAAGCUGGAUGGGGCCAUUCUUUGGAUCCCUGCUUUUUUCUUUCAUACAUCUGCAACAGUUACCAGAACCCUGGUAGAUUUCUUCGUGGAGCACAAGGGACAGUUAAAAGUGAAGUUGGCUUGGCCAGGAAAUAUAAUGCAGCAUGUUAAUAGGUACUGGAAGACCAAACACUUAGCUCCUAAACGUCUAAGUACUGGCAUUCUUAUGUACACGUUGGCCUCUUCAAUGUGUGAGGAGAUCCAUCUGUACGGAUUCUGGCCAUUCGGGUGGGACCCCAACACAGGGAAAGACCUGCCUUACCACUACUACGACAAGAAGGGAACCAAGUUCACUACCAAAUGGCAGGAGUCCCACCAGCUUCCAACGGAGUUCAAACUGUUAUACAAAAUGCAUGGGGAAGGUUUGACCAAACUGACUCUUUCACAUUGUGCCUAGAAACCCAAGAUUAAUGAAGUGCCAAAUGAUCAGUCAGUGGUGCCCUACCAUGGUUGACUGAGGAUACCCAGCCAUCAUGAGAUAUUGUAAAAUAAAGUUUUAUCAAGUGUUAUUUUUUUCAUAACUCCGGGACCAAGUGUCUUCUCUUAAGUUAAGGGAGAAGGUUUACACCAGUUACUGCUUUUUUGUAUUAUUUCAUUCUGAUCUUAUUAUCAGAUUUAACUUUUGGUAGAUUAGAAGAUUGUUGGCAACAUAGGACAUACAUAGAUAAUUAGACAUAAAGAAACAUCUAUUGAUUUAGAUAGAUAGAUACAUAGAUAGAAACCUAAAAUCCAGCUCUAUCACCCGAUACGUAAUGAUUUAUUUUAAUACAUAGUAGUCUUCGGCUAAGAGAACACCCCUCGGGAAGCAAGCUAAGUGUCCUCUUGUUAAGCCUGAGUUGAUCGCCAGACACAAUAUAAAUCAAUCAAUAAAUAAAUGCUUAUUGCUUGUCAUUACACACGUUCAUAUAAAAUGAACAGAACAAGUAAGAGAAAAGCAAUAGGCAAGUGUAUGUUAAUAAACUAUACUAAUAUAGUAACAGACAAACUAACGUAAUAAACUAGCUGUCAAACUAAAGUAACACGUUAGAAAAUGCAGCAGCCGCAGCUGUAGAUUAAUUAUGAAAACCUGUAGAGGAUCAAUAUUCAAAACAUGCACAGAAAUUAUUUAACAGAAUAAUCACAUGAACUGAACUGAAAACGCCAAAUUGCUCGGUGGCUCGUGUCUGAUUUCAGGUUUUUUUUUCAGGAGCUCGAACAAUUUCCUGUUUGUUUACAUGCCAUUUUGUAAUGAUGA